AUGGCUAUUCAUCCUCGCCUGCGCCCAGAGGGAGGGCACCUUUCGCCUCAACAAGCCCGCGCCAUUUCCGCAUGGACCGAGCAGCAUGCAGCAACUUCCCUGCAGGACAUAAUCCUGUCGGACUCCGCAGACCGCACUCCGCCCUCACCGACACCGACGCGUUCAGCCCUGCGCGAUACCACCGUGUCUCUAUCAAUCCCGCUAGACGAUGAACCCCCGAAGAUUCAGGCCGAGUCUCGCCCAACUGUCAGCUUCCGACGCCGAGCACCACUGCGCGAGAGCGCAAGUUCCAAGUCUCGAGAGGCUGUGUUGAAGGGCAAAGAUGGGAGUCGGAGGAGACAACGCUGGGAGAACGACCGCCUCCUGCAUAAUCCCUGGGCAGAGCCACCGUCCCCUAAGGACUGGGAUGUUACACCCACCUAUACGCGCCACAACCCCAUGCCGUAUUAUCUCGCCCCGCUGUGGGACGUGCACUACUCCCAUGUGAAAGAUCAGCAGACGGACCAGAAGAUUGCCGAGCGCGCCAAUGAGAAGCACCACGUCCCCAAAGAACUGCGCGCGAAGCUGAAACAUGCGCGCGCUGCGCGGGGCAUGCUACAAGAUCUGGAAGAGGAGGUCCGGCUCUUUAUCCGGAAGUGGAAUGAGAAGCAGCUUCUACUUGAGAAGGAGGGAUUGCAGGAUGCACCCGAGAACUCGUGCAGUGAUGACUCGGAAGAUGAGAUUGUCUUUGUUGGUCGUAAUGGGUUGAUGCAUGAUGCCCCUGAGCGGAAGGAGAGGCUCCGCUUGCUCCGGCAGGAGAUUAGUUCGCAUAGUGAGCGAGAUGGCGAAAAGAUGGUGCUUGAGACGAUGGCUGAUGAUAGGGCUGCUGGGUUUGGUCGUUGGCUGGUUCACUCCAUCGCGGCCUAUUAUGGACUGCACACUUGGUCUGUCACGGUGGAUGAUCGACGAGAAGCCUAUGUCGGCUUCCGACCUCCUGUACCAGGAAGUCAGACUGGACUCGUUUCCCAUUCACUGUGCCACACCGCUUUGAUUAAGCCCGGUGAUGAGCUUCCUCGGCCUCUCCAUGCGCAGGUCUAG